AAAAUAAUAAAAGAACAAAAGACUUGUGCGUAUCGUCGUUGGGCACACACCAUGGAGCCCGACGUCCGUUCACUCCUUAACUCUGCCUCCUCCUCCGCUUCUUCCUCCGACGCCGACGACGAUGCUCCCCACCGCACCAUCGAUGAAAUUCUCAACGACUGUGACACUUCUUCUUCCUCAAGCUCUCCCCCUUCCUCUCCCUCUCACUCUCUCUCUCCACUCACCAAUUCCCAUCCUCAAAACCCCACUCUUCAACCAAAACCACUCCAACCCGCACUCGAUUCAAUUUCUCGGCUCAAACCAGCCGAAUUCUCCGACCGCACACGCGUUUCGCGUCCGUUCUCUUCUCUACUACAGGGCGUGCGGUCCAAUGCGAAGCCGGGCGCCGCCCUCGCGGCUGCUGCUGCGGCGUCUCGAUCCGUUCCUACGCCGCACGCGGCGGCGAUCAUUUCCAGGAGGAAAUCUGCGGCUGCGAUCAGCACUGAGUUGAGUUCGACCGCUGCCGCUAGCGACGAUUAUUCCGAUGUUUCUUCUAAAGGCGAAUUGGGCGAGCUUAGUGAGAAAUACGAUCCUGUGCCGCAGAGAAUCGAGACUCAGUCUAGUGAAAGUGCUUCUGUUAACGGCGAGCGUGUUGAGAGUGAUGCAGAUAUUGCCAUUGAUUUGAAGGCUGGUAGUGCCGCUGACAAUCAGGUGCAUAUUGAUACUGAUAAUGACAGUAGGGAUGGCGAUGAUGAUGGAAAUGGCAAUUAUAAUGAUUCUUCUAUAGUGAGUGAGGAGAAUAGGAAUUUAGAUGAGGUUGACGGUUACCAUGGGAAGGAUAUGAAUUCUUCAACGUUUGAUGAAGAUAAUAAUGAUCGUGACUUGGAUGGGAAUGAUGGUUCUGAAAAGAGAAUCACAGCUAUGGAUUCAGCUGUGGAAACAGAAGAAACGGUGGAUAAUGGUGAAAGCUCUGUGGAUCAUGUUAAAAAUGAGCUGAGUGGUGGCGGUAGUGACGAUGGUAGUUCAUUGGGUGAUGUUUCAGAGCUAGUGGAAGAGAGGCUUGAGGAAUUGGAAAGCAGAAGGGCUUCUAAGAGAGCAGAGAAGAAACGAGAAUUUUCAAUGAAACCACUUGAAUUGGCUGAAAAAUUGGAGAAAAAGCGAGCUUCAACUGGUUUGCAUUUGGAAGAGGGUGCUGCUGCCCAGCCAAUGAGACUCGAGGGCGUUCGAAGAGGGUCCACGACGUUGGGAUACUUUGAUGUUGAUGCUGAUAAUGCAGUCACCAGGGCGAUUUCGUCCCAAACAUUCAGGCGUGAGCAAGGUUCUGCCCGAGCCGUGGCAGUUCAUGCUAAUUAUAUUGCAGUAGGAAUGUCAAAAGGGCUCAUUGUUGUCUUUCCCAGUAAAUAUUCCAUUCAUCAUGCUGAUAGCUCUGAUGGAAAGAUGUUGAUGCUUGCUAUGCAAGGUGAUCGGUUGCGUGCUCCAGUGACAUCUAUGUCUUUCAAUCAACAAGGAGACCUUCUUUUAGCUGGUUAUGGUGAUGGUCAUCUUAUCCUGUGGGAUGUACAGAAAGGGGUUGUAGCAAAAGUUAUUAGUGGUGAGCAUACAGCACCAGUAGUACAUACCUUAUUUCUAGGUCAAGAUCCUCAGAAUACUCGUCAAUUUAAAGCAGUUACUGGUGAUUGUAAGGGUCUGGUUCUCUUGCACAUUAUCUCGGUUGUUCCUUUGUUUAGUAGAUUCUCCAUCAAAACUCAGUGUCUUCUUGAUGGACAAAGUACAGGCUUGGUGCUUUCAGCUUCACCACUCCUUUUCGAUGACUUCAGCGGAAGUGCUUCGCCUUUUUCUCAGGGAAAUACCUCAACCCCAGCCAGCAGUAUAAGCAGCAUGAUGGGUGUUGUUGGCGGAGAUGCAGGUUGGAAACUCUUCAACGAAUCCUCUUCUUUGUUGGAAGAAGGUGUGGUUGUAUUUGUAACUCAUCAAACUGCAUUGGUGGUACGGCUGAGCCCUACAUUGCAAGUCUAUGCUCAACUCUCUAGGCCAGAUGGGGUUCGGGAGGGGUCUAUGCCGUAUACUGCAUGGAAAUACAUGACACAAACACAUAGUUCUACUGAAAAUAUGUCUGCAGAAGCUAGUGAAAGAGUUUCAUUGCUUGCAAUUGCUUGGGAACGUAAGGUUCUGGUUGCAAAGUUAGUGAAAUCAGAACUAAAAGUAUAUGGAAAUUGGUCUCUCGAAGGUGCGGCUAUAGGUCUAGCGUGGUUGGAUGAUCAGAUGCUGGAAGUUCAAACUUCAAGUGGACAACUGUAUUUAUUUUCCAAGGAUGGAACUGUGAUUCACCAAACAAGUAUUGCCAUAGAUGGUAUUGGAGGAGAUGAUCUAGUCUCUUAUCAUACUCACUUCAUCAAUGUAUUCGGAAAUCCUGAGAAAGCUUAUCAUAACUCUGUUGCUGUAAGAGGAGCUUCUAUUUAUGUACUUGGUCCAACACAUCUUCUCAUUUCUCGUCUUCUACCUUGGAAAGAGCGUAUUUCUGUUUUGCGGAAAGCAGGUGACUGGAUGGGUGCCUUGAACAUGGCAAUGACUCUUUAUGAUGGCCAUGCUCAUGGUGUUAUUGAUCUUCCUAGAACCUUGGAUGCCGUACAUGAGGCCAUAAUGCCCUUCUUGGUGGAGUUGCUUACAUCAUAUGUUGAUGAAGUGUUCUCCUACAUUUCAGUGGCAUUCUGCAACCAAAUAGGUAAAGUGGACCCAUCCAAUAAUUCAAAUAGUAGAAGCAAUUCAGUACAUUGUGAGAUAAAGGAGCAAUACAACCGUGUUGGUGGGGUUGCUGUUGAAUUUUGUUGUCAUAUCAAACGGAUGGACAUUCUUUUUGAUGAAAUUUUCUCCAAGUUCGUGGGUGUUCAACAACGAGAAACAUUUUUGGAGCUUCUGGAGCCAUAUAUUUUGAAAGACAUGCUUGGAUCUCUACCUCCUGAGAUCAUGCAAGAAUUGGUUGAGUAUUAUAGUACCAAAGGGUGGUUACAGCGGGUUGAGCAAUGUGUACUUCAUAUGGAUAUAUCAUCCUUGGAUUUUAAUCAGGUCGUCAGGUUAUGCCGGGAGCAUGGACUUUAUAGUGCCCUGGUUUAUGUCUUCAAUAAAGGAUUAGACGAUUUUAGGGCUCCUCUGGAGGAGCUGUUUGCUGUCUUACAAAAUAGCCAAAAGGAAAGUGCUACUGCACUUGGGUAUAGAAUGCUGGUUUAUCUCAAGUACUGCUUUACAGGUCUUCCCUUUCCACCAGGCCGUGGAACUAUUCCUCCCACACGCUUACCUUCUCUUAGAAGAGAACUUGUGGAGUUUUUGUUAAAGGACUCCUGUACUUCGAAAUCUCACACCAUUUCAGAUUCUGAGUCCAGAGGACCCCACCCGAAUCUUUAUCUUCUUUUAAAGUUAGACACUGAAGCUACCUUAGAUGUCCUCAGAUGUGCUUUUAUUGAAGAUGAAAUUCCAAAUGCCUGCUCAUCUUCACCAGAUGCAGCCAAUAAACCUAUAGAGGAAGCAAAAAAAGAAGAUAAAGCUACUGAAACUCAAAAUGCUUUGGUUCAGAACACAGUUGAUGCACUCAUUCAAAUAAUUGAUACGAAUAUUGUUCAGACAGAUACAACCUUUAGUAGUGGUGAAGAUGGGUUGAUAAAAGAGUGGUCUUCGAAGGACAUAGGUUAUCUAUUUGAGUUCAUUGCAUAUUAUGUUGCUACCCAAAGAGCUAAAAUUUCAAAGGGUGUACUGUGUCAAAUAUUGGAAUAUUUGACAUCUGAUAGUCACUCCUCUACCGAUAUUUCUGUUUAUUGCUCAACUCCAAAAAACAGAGAGAAGCAAGUGCUAGCACUGUUGGAAGUACUUCCUAAGUCAGACUGGGAUCCUUCAUUUGUGCUAGAUCUAUGUGAAAGAGCCAAAUAUCAUCAGGUUUGUGGAUUGAUCCAUAGUUUCAGACAUGAAUAUGUGGCUGCACUGGAUAGUUAUAUGAAUGAUGUAGACGAGCCUAUUCAUACCUUUUCCUUUAUUAAUAAAACAUUAUCACAGUUGACUGACAAUGAGCAUGUAGCAUUUCGGUCAGCAGUCAUAUUGCGAAUUCCUGAAUUGGUUGAACUAAGCAGGGAGGGUGCAUUCCAUGUGGUUAUCAGUCAUUUUAGCGAAGAAAGUUCCCAUAUCAUAACUGAACUUCACUCUCAUCCAAGAAGUCUUUUUCUUUAUUUAAAGACGCUCAUUGAGUUUCACUUAUUUGGCACCCUAGAUUUGUCUAAUUUGAGCAAGGAUGACACUAUGAAUCCUCUCAAUGGAAGGCAGGUUAAGGAUCACUCUGAAGGAGUUAGAGAUUACUUAGAGAAUAUAUCCAAUUUCCCCAAGUUCAUGCGGGAAAAACCUAUUCACGUGCCUGAUGAUCUUAUUGAGCUUUACCUUGAGUUAUUAUGCCAGUACGAAGGUAGUUCAGUUCUCAAGUUUCUGGAAAUGUUUGAUAGCUAUCGAGUUGAACAUUGUUUACGUCUCUGUCAAGAAUAUGGCAUUAUAGAUGCAACUGCGUUCUUAUUAGAAAGGGUUGGUGAUGUUGGUAAAGCUCUUUCAAUUACACUUUCUGAUCUUAAUGAUAAAUUCGUUAAGCUUGAUGCUGCUGUGGAAGCUGUAGUUUUAAACCGUAGCAGAGUUGGUUCUUCACAUGUGGAAGUAUUAGACACUGUUUUAAGAACAAAGGAGGGAAGUGACAUCCAAGAUCUAUUGCGUGCCUGUAUUGGUCUGUGUCAGCGGAACACCCCUCGUCUGAAUCCUGAGGAGUCAGAAGCGCAUUGGUUUAAAUUACUUGAUUCGUUUUGUGACCCAUUGAUCGAUUCAAAUGUUAAAGGAGCAUAUGAAAGUAAAAAUCAUUUUGGAAUGUUAGCUGGAUCAGCAGAUUCACAACAGGACAAGGACGCCUAUAAAAGCAGCUGGAAAAUUUCAAAGUCCCGGAAUGGUCAUAUCUUGAGAAAAUUGCUAUCACAGUUCAUUAAAGAGAUUGUAGAGGGAAUGAUUGGUUUUGUUCACCUUCCAACAAUCAUGUCUAAGCUUCUGUCUGAUAAUGGUAGUCAAGAAUUUGGUGAUUUUAAACUUACAAUAUUGGGAAUGCUGGGAACAUAUGGCUUUGAAAGAAGAAUUCUGGAUGCUGCCAAAUCGUUGAUAGAAGAUGACUCGUUCUAUACAAUGAGUUUACUCAAGAAAGGGGCCUCUCAUGGAUAUGCCCCCAGGAGUCUCGUGUGCUGUAUUUGUAAUUGCCUUCUUACAAAGAACUCUGGUAGCUCUGGAAUUCGGAUUUUCAACUGUGGCCAUGCAAUUCAUGUCCAAUGUGAAGUUUCGGAAAUUGAGGCAUCAAGCAGAGGAUCUUCGUCGGGAUGCCCUCUAUGCAUGCCUGGCAAGAAAUCCCAGCAGUCCCGAAACAAAUCAAUCAUUGCAACUAAUGGCUUGGUCAACAAAUUCUCAUCAAGGCGCCAGUACCCCCAUGGAAGUACCAUCCAUUCUCAUGACAGUGAUUUGACAGAGAAUAUGUAUGGGCAGCAACAGAUAUCACGGUUUGAGAUCUUGAGCAACCUGCAGAAAAAUCAGAGAUUUAUGCAAAUAGAAAACUUGCCUCAGUUGAAGCUUGCCCCGCCUGCUGUGUACCAUGAAAAGGUAAAUAAAGUUGCAAACUUUCUGACAGGCGAAAGUAGCAAUAAUUCUUCUGCUAUUGAGAAACAAAGUAGAAACAAGCAAAACCGGGAGCUAAGAGUUAAGGGUUCAUCAAUCCGAUUUCCUUUAAAAUCAAGUAUAUUUGGCAAGGAGAAGACAAAUAAGCGGUGACUAACUUUUUUGAAAACAGGGAACAUUGUAGACAAAGAGAGAUCAAGCACUAACAACUGUACAGACUAACAAUAGAUAUCUUCAUCUAGCUCAACCCAUUGUUAUUCUUUUAUAUUUUAUUAUCCCCGUACAUUUUACUAGCUGUUCUAUCUGUUUGUUAUCAUACACAAAUUUCUGUAUGUACGUGUACAAUAGAAAAGCCAUUUUAGUGAGUUUGAGAUAUUCUAAUCCUACCAU